AUGCCCAGUAUUCGAUCCAGAUCUGAUGAUCCAUUAGCAAUCUCUUCCGUUUCUCCAGUCAAUGAAACAAGAAAAACGUCGGAGUGGUGUCUCAUCACAGAUCGCAGCAAAGAUGCAGGAUGCAGAUACGAGGGUCGCCGAUAUCAGGAAGGAACGGCGGUGGGUACGUCCGAGCCCUGUCUGCAGUGCCGGUGCACCGAGGGCGCAUUGAGAUGCCGGCUCCGGGUAUGCCCGCGUUUGCCGAAUCCACCACCGCCCGGCUGUCACGUUCGUUCGCCGGUCGGGAACGUGUGUUGCGCCGAGCUGGUAUGCGGCGAAUCACGCGACGUCGAGAAUAUGUUGCGGAGAGCCAGUGUACAAACGAACAUGGAAGCUGAGGACGAGGCGAAGCAUGCUCAGCACUCACGUACGGAAGGAUGUCUGCACGACGGGAUUCGAUAUGGCUCGGGGUCGGCGAUGAUGGGUUCGCGCCGAUGCGAGUAUUGCUACUGCAUAUCCGGCUCGAGGAGAUGCCUCCGACCCAAGUGCCUGCUGCCUCUACCGGGAUGCACCCCGCUGUACGCGCCCCAUUCCUGCUGCCCGGUCGCCUAUAACUGCACCCACCACCAUCCGUCCACAAUGGCGCCGGUAUCGGGAAACGGUGAGUUCAAAUUGUUGUCAUUUACGAGCUAG